AGCAGUAAUCUUACUUCCCAUAAAACGAUCCACACCGGGGAGAAGCCAUAUAAAUGCAUAGAGUGUGGAAAGGGCUUCAGAAUGCAUGGGGAUCUUAUAACCCAUAAAAGGAUCCACACAGGGGAGAGGCCUUACAAAUGCAUGGAAUGUGGAAAGACCUUUACUUAUAAAAGUCAACUUGCUUCCCAUAAAGCGAUCCAUACAGGAGAGAGGCCUUACAAAUGCAUGGAAUGUGGAAAGUGUUUUAAUCAUAGCAGUCAACUUGCUUCCCAUAAAAGAAUCCACACAGGAGAGAAACCAUAUAAAUGCAUGGAGUGUGGAAAGGGCUUCAGCCAACACAGUCUUCUUACAUCCCAUAAAAGAAUCCACACAGGAGAGAAGCCAUAUAAAUGCAUGGAGUGUGGAAAAAGCUUCAGCCAACAUGGUACUCUUACUACCCAUAAAAGAAUCCACACAAGGGAGAAGCCAUUUAAAUGCGUGGAGUGUGGAAAAGGCUUCAGUGGACUCGGUGUUCUUAAAGCUCAUAAAAGAAUCCACACAGGAGAGAAACCAUAUAAAUGCAUAGAGUGUGGAAAGGGCUUCAGAAUACAUGGGGAUCUUAUAACCCAUAAAAGGAUCCACACAGGAGAGAAGCCAUAUAAAUGCGUGGAGUGUGGAAAGGGGUUCCGUAUCAGUUCAUCCUUUCUGAAACAUAAGAAGAUUCAUACAGGGGAUAAACCAUAUAAGUGCAUGGAGUGUGGAAAGGGCUUCAGCCAACAUGGUAAUCUUACUUCCCAUAAAAGAAUCCACACGGAGAAGCCGUUUAAAUGCAUGGAGUGUGGAAAAGGCUUCAGUGGACUCGGUGUUCUUAAAACUCAUAAAAGAAUCCACACAGGAGAGAAACCAUAUAAAUGCGUGGAGUGUGGAAAAGGCUUCAGUGGACUCAGUGUUCUUAAAGCUCAUAAAAGAAUCCACACAGGAGAGAAACCAUAUAAAUGCAUAGAGUGUGGAAAGGGCUUCAGCCAACACAGUCUUCUUACAUCCCAUAAAAGGAUCCACACAGGGGAGAAGCCAUAUAAAUGCGUGGAGUGUGGAAAGGAGUUCCAUAUCAGUUCAUCCCUUCUGAAACAUAAGAAGAUUCAUACAGGGGAUAAACCAUAUAAAUGCAUGGAGUGUGGAAAAGGCUUCAGCCAACAUGGUAAUCUUACUUCCCAUAAAAGAAUCCACACAGGGGAGAAGCCGUUUAAAUGCAUCGAGUGUGGAAAAGGCUUCAGUGGACUCGGUGUUCUUAAAGCUCAUAAAAGAAUCCACACAGGAGAGAAACCAUAUAAAUGCAUGGAGUGUGGAAAAGGCUUCAGCCAACAUGGUAAUCUUACUUCCCAUAAAAGAAUCCACACAAGGGAGAAUCCAUUUAAAUGCAUGGAAUGUGGAAAGGGCUUUAGUGAUAAUGCAUCCCUUUUGAGACAUAAAAGGAUCCACACCAGAGAGAAACUAUACAAAGGCAUGGAGUGUGGAAAGGGCUUCCUCAUAAACAGUAAACUUACUACUCAUAAAAGGAUCCACACGGGGGAAGCCAUAUAA